UAUUGCUUAAUUAUCUAUGUCAGAUAAGAAAGCUGACUAUGAUGUUGAGGUUAAAGGGGUUGAAAUAUAUCCUGAUCCCAUCGCACGAGGCCAGCCUGCUACAUUCAUCAUUGCUGCAACUACAGGUAAAGCGUUAUCUGGAGGGAAGCUAGCGAUUGAUGUGUCAUAUUUCGGAUGGCACAUACAUAGUGAGACCCAUGACCUUUGUGGAGAAACUACUUGCCCUGUUUCAGUUGGUGAUUUUGUGAUUGCUCAUUCCCAAGUUUUACCAGGAUUCACUCCACCUGUUUCAUACUCUUUGAAGAUGAAGAUGUUCGAUGGAAACAAGCAUGAGUUAACUUGCAUUACAUUUGGUUUUGAUAUUGGGUUUGGUUCUUCUGUGGCUGAUAGCUAAUUGACAUUGCUCGUCGAAAUCUAUGAUCAGAAACAGAUCUAUAUAAAUUACUUGUACAAACUACAAAGUGCCCUUAUGCUACAACCAGAUCCUUCUUCUAUAAUCCAGCAGGACCAGUGUCUGGAUUAAGAAUCAGAAAAAUGUCUUGUACUUUCUGGGAUUAGAAAACACAAACUAUGUGUUUCUUUAUUUAUUUUUCUACCUUCUGACUACACUCAGAAGGUAGAUCGACAUUGUGCAAUGUUUAUACACAUAUUCCGACUAUGGUCUGAGGGUGUUUUCGUGAUGUAAUGAUAUAUUUCUCUUUGCAUAUAAAAUAGAGUGCCCACGUUAAUA